AUGGCAUCACCACCUAAAGAAGCGCGGGCAGUGGCUGAAGAUCCCUUCAUUCCUGAUCUCGGGCUUGUGCCAUCGGGUGAGCACGGGAUGGAUAAAAGAGACAAGCUCGCUGUCGACUACGAGGACAAGGGAGAGGUUGAAGUGCCUAUGUCUGCCAUGGCAUCGCUCUCGCCGAGUCUGUAUGAGCAUGUCGAAGAAAAUGGACGGACUUAUCAUAAGUAUAAGGAAGGAAAGUAUUAUCUACCAAAUGAUGAGGUGAGCAGAACUAUAACAUAUCAAGCAUGCUAUUUCGUUCUGACAAACUCUUCAAAUUUUAGCCAGAGCAAAAGAGACUUGAUUGCGCUCUACGAGAGACUUCAUUUGGCGCCUCUCAAAGAAGACAAUGUUAAGCAUGCACUUGACAUCGGAACUGGAACUGGAAUAUGGGCCAUUGAGUUUGCCGAGCAAUUCCCCCAAGCCAAAGUCAUUGGCACAGACCUGAGUCCAAUUCAACCAGAGUUCGUUCCACCAAAUCUCUCCUUCGAAGUGGACGAUGUUGACGAUGACUGGGUUUAUACCCACCCUUUCGAUUACAUUCACGGUCGUCUCAUGGUCUUCGGGUUCUUGGACCCCUUAGCUGUUUUCCGUAAAGCCUUCAAUGCCCUCUCCCCUGGGGGGUAUUUUGAAAUGCAAGACCUCUGCUCCCCUAUCCGCUCCUUCGAUCAUUCCCUUGACGGCUCAGCUAUGAUUAGAACUUCUAACUUGAUUAUCGAAGCAUGCCAGAAACGUGGGAUUGACUUAACAGUGCCUAAGAGGUACAAAGAGAUGAUGCAGAGUGUGGGUUUUGUGGAUGUCAAGGAGGUGAUUGUGGAGUGGCCUAUUGGGACAUGGGCGAAGAGCGAAUUUCAUAAGAGAAUUGGUGCUUGGUUCAAGAAAGAUAUGGAGGUUGGGGCUGAGGGGAUCAUAAUGGGGCUUUUUACGAGACUUUUAGGUAUGAGUAAGGAAGAUGUAAUGAUCAUUGUGGAGGAUGUCAAGAAGGAGAUGAACGAUAGUAGCAUUCACGCUUAUGAGCCUUUUUACGUUGUGUAUGGGAAGAAGCCAGAAUAA